AAUAAACCAAACGGGGCCUAAAUAAAAAGUCGUCGACAAAAAUUUGGCAGCCAUAGGCCAUAGCCCCCGCUGCCCCCCGGGCGCAGAUCUUUUCUGGGCUUCUGGCUCCCCUCUCCCGCCGAUCACGCCGCCUCACCUCGCCGGGCGGCGUGAUGGCGACUUCCGGGGCCGGCGACCACGGGCAGGGCCAGGGCCAGGGGCACGGCCGCUUCGCGUCGUCCCUGACGGCGCGCUACUCGGACUGGGUGCUGGAGACGCUGGACGAGCUCCCAGGGAGCUUCCUGCUCACGGACCCCGCCCUGCCGGGCCACCCCAUCGUGUACGCUUCCCGGGGCCUCGCCGCGCUCACCGGCUACGCGCCGCGCGACGUGCUGGGCCGCAACGCGCGCCUCUUCCAGGGCGCCGCCACCGACCGCGCCACCGUCGCCGGCGUCCGCGAGGCCGUCCGCGCGCACCGCCCGCACCAGGCCGCCAUCCUCAACUACCGCCGCGACGGCGCCCCGCACUGGGUCCUCCUCCACCUCGCCCCCCUAUUCCACGCCCGCGACGGCACCCUGCUCCACUUCCUCGCCGUCCAGGUGCCCAUCGCCCCCGCCGCCGUCGCGCGCGGGGCGACGUGCCACACGACGGGGCAUCUGCUAGCCGCGUGCCGUGACGAGGCCAGCAGGGUCGCGGAGGAUUUCCCCUGCGCCACCCACGCGGGCAAGGUGUUUGUCGAUAUGGACAAGAGAGGGCUGGAGACCGAGGAACCACGUGUACCUAGCGAUAGUGAGAAAGAUAUGGCAAUAAGUACGGCUAACAGCAUUGUCUCUGCGCUGAACAGCUACAGCAAGCUAACUGGUCUAGUGGUCAGCAGGAAGAGAUGUGACUCGAUUGGCAUCCCAGCACUCAGUUCGUCGUUAAAACUCUCUCUCGGUAGAAUCAAACAGAGCUUUGUAUUGACUGACUCCCGCUUGCCUAACAUGCCAAUUAUUUAUGCUAGUGAUGCUUUUACAUCAUUAACAGGUUACUCAAGAGAAGAAAUAUUGGGCUGUAACUGCAAAGUCUUAAAUGGGCCAGGCACUAGCUUGGAGGUUUUAGAGGAGAUAAAUCAGCAUAUUUGUUCUGAGCAGGCAUGCACGGUGGAUCUACUGAGUUACAGGAAAGAUGGAAGUUCAUUCUGUGAUCAUCUACAUGUAUCUCCUAUCCGAGAUGCUUCGGGCAAGGUUCGCUUACAUCUUUCUCAGGUGGCCUUUCAUAUCUGGGUUCACCUUGACAUGGGUGCAAAGCACGAUUUUAGUGGGCUGACCCCCGAGAAAUGGCUGCUUGGCGCUGUUGGUGCGGUGAGGGUUGCUGUGAGAGGCUUGUCGGCGUCAGGUAGCCUGUUGAGACCAUCCCAAUAGCAGUUUUAGUCUCCUCGCCAUUUCAUGACCACGGCGACCGGCCUUCCACGAUGUACAUUGCUGCUUGCUAUUCUGUGUAAAGCAACUGCUUAGCAUGACAAAGUAAAUGAGUUCGUUUUGAAGGAAAAUCCAUGGUAAAUACAAGAUGUUGCUGUGACUA